AUGAUGCCAGGCGCUGCCACCCUCGUGCUGGUGCUCCUGGCCCUGUGCGUGGAGCUUCCUCCCGCCCCAGCCCAGCAGCACCGAGCAGGGGACCAUGGCGCUGCCCCUGCUGCCAGCCCCCUGCCGCGCCGAGCCCCACGGGGCCGCCGGCCGCCUGCCACCCCACCGGCCCCGGGCAAAGCAGGCGAGUGCCCGGCAGCCGGGAGCGACCCCCCGCGCCCCACCAGGCUGUACUGCCUCUCCGACCACAGCUGCCCCGGGGCCGAGAAGUGCUGCCACCGCGGGGAGGUCCGCGCCUGCCUCCUCCCUGCCACAGAGAGCCCAGGCUACUGCCCCCGUGCCGGACCUGGCGGGGCGAGCUGCGGGGCGAGCUGUGGCAAUGACACCGCCUGCGGCCCUGCGGAGAAGUGCUGCACCCGCAGCUGCUGCGCCCGCUGCCUGCCAGCAGAGCCAGCCAAACCCGGCCUUUGCCCGCGGAAGCGAGCGCGGCGCGGCGGAGCUGCGUGCCCCAACCGCUGCGCUGAUGACAGGGACUGCCCCGGGGACCGCAAGUGCUGCUUCUCCGGCUGCGGCCUGGCCUGCACCUCCCCGCACACAGCAAAGCCCGGUGUGUGCCCCGUGGUGCUGCGGGGCUCCCUGGGGCCCUGCGAGGAGCUGUGCGACACCGACGGCGACUGCCCUGGGGCAAGGAAGUGCUGCUCCACCGGCUGCGGCCACGUCUGCAAACCGCCCACCGAGGCACGGCCUGGGCUCUGUCCCCCCCGCAGCCGCCGGGUCGGAGCAGGCGAGUGCCUCACCCUGUGCCUGGAGGACAAGGACUGCCCCCCCAGCCACAAGUGCUGCCUGCGGGACUGCGGCCGGGCGUGCAUCCCCCCGCUGCAGGGCACAGCCUAG